CUCCUUCACCGCGGAGCCCCAGUCAAUCACCGUAACAGCGCAGGCGAAUCCGCCCUCCACGCCGCAUCCCGUCACGGAAACCUCUAUGCUGUAGGCAUUCUACUCCUCUCCGGCGCCGCAAUUGACGCAACAACCACCCAUAACUGGACACCGCUCCAUCUGGCCUGCCGAUACGGCCACACAGACAUAGCAGAGCACCUCAUCUAUCGCGGCGCAACCGUCAACAACCCCGGAUUCCACGGAUGGACAGCCCUUCACUAUGCCAUACGCGGCGGCCAUACAGACUGUGUCCGUCUUCUUCGCGCCGCAGGCGCA